AUGUGUGUGGCCGAAAAAUGCUGCCUUGCGUUGGAGGUUGGUCUCCUCUACCCUAUAGCGAAAGCAGAGGAAAAGGAGAAAGCGCAGGAGAAGGAGCCUCAUGCGCCGCCCGUGCGUUUAAAGCCUUUGGAUGGAACUGGAUGCGUAACAAUUAUGGAUGACAGUCCCACAUCCAGCCCGAGCUCUAGCCCGAGUCCCGACGCGCUGAAUGCGGACCGUAGACGUGGGCGCGUGCUUUCAGGCGGUGGUCUGGGGACCAGGGGGCGACCCGCAGCAGCCAACGCUGCGCGCGAGCGGAGUCGCGUUCAGACCCUCAGACAUGCGUUUCUGGAGCUCCAGAGGACCCUGCCAUCGGUACCGCCGGACACCAAACUGUCCAAACUCGAUGUGCUCAUAUUAGCCACUACAUACAUCGCUCAUCUGACCAAAACCCUACAGGAAGAGGGCAUGGAAGAAGGAGACGGCUCAAAACGAAGCGAACCGUUAAAUUCACUCAAAGGCAGCGGUUACCUGCAUCCUGUGAAAAAAUGGCCCAUGCGUUCGAGGUUGUAUAUCGGUGCCAGUGGCCAGUUCCUGAGUAAUUCAGGCCCGAAUGAAAAUCAAGGAGCUUCAUCAUCCUCAUCUCAGACAUAAUCUCUUUGCACGCAAGACUUUCUUUUCAAUAAAAUGAAGGUUUAGAUGAUCAACGCAGAGCCAAACAUGUGGACCACCUCUACUGUAAGCUCUCAUUAUGUGGUUUUUAGCUCUGAACGAUUAACUUGCGCCUUAAAUUGUCUUCACUCUGCAAAAGGAACUGAAACUAUAUUAUAUAAAUGAUACUAUAUAAUCUCUUCCCCCCACACCAAUUUCAUAUUGAAAUGAGUGCAAAUAAGAACAAAAGACUGCAUGGCGAUUGUGUUGCUGCUUGUUUACGGCACACUUACAUGUAACCUAAUUAUUUGUCAUUUGUACAUAAUUUGUAUAUAAUCAACAGUGAUUUUUUUUUUAUGUCUUACUAAAUAGAGAAGGGGACUCUGCUCAAAGUUCUGUGUCUUUUGUGUAGCUAUAUGUCGGGAUAUUGAGCUGUCAUGCUUGACUUGUUAGCUAUGCACUUUGAGUUAAAGUAUUUGCACUAAACACACGUGUGAAUAACGUAACAUUUGUCAUGUGAAGAGGUCUGUCAGGAUCACAACAAUGGUUGGACUAAGUCUAGUAGAAUCCCUGCUCAUUCCUUUGUCUGUGUAUUUGUGGAUUGUAAAUAUACAAAAGUUAAAAAA